AGGAGCCGCUGGCAAACAAACCUCCCUUCCGGGAGAGGCUCUCCCCUGGCGCCGGCCUCGCAGCGCUGCGGCAGUCUGCGCUCCUGUUUCUUGCCGUUUCGGCCGGUACUCCCGGGCAGGGCGGGCAGGCCCCGGUGCCCGACACUAGGAAGGCGGCUCUUGCUGGCCGAGCGGCUUGCAGCACCGGCCCUUGCCGCCGCGCUCGCCGCAGCCCGCGGACGAGACUCCCGAGAGGCGAAAACGGUUGGAGCGGAGCGGAGCGGCCCGGCCCGGCCCAUCCUACUGCUGUGCCCGGGGAGGGACCCCCGACCAACCACCGCGCCGCCGGGACCCCUGCCGGCCCUCACAGCCUCCCAGGCAGUGCGGUACUGCUAUGUGGAUAUUUGUUAGCAAUGACUGAUGUGGAAUCUACAUAUGCAGACUUCAUUGCCUCAGGAAGAACGGGUAGAAGAAAUGCUUUACAUGACAUACUUGUGUCCUCUCCGGGUGGGAAUUCCAGUGAACUGGCCUUAAAGUUAUCAGAACUUGAUAUAAACAAAGCAGAAGGAGAAGGAGAUGCCCAGAGAAAUCCAAGUGAGCAAACAGGGGAGGCCCAAGGGGAGGCAGCAAAGCAAGAAAGCUGACAUCCAACUUUGACUGACUGGAGCAGCUGCUGGAUGUUUUCAGACUACAAGAGCAUGCUGGAAUAAAUUUGUUUCCAUGAGCAAGCUGGUGGAAAAGAAAGUGCAUGUGUCUUCAUUGCUGGAACCCACUCAACACAACACUAAAAAUGGGGGUACAAGCUGUGGCAGAAGACAGAAUUUUCUCUACCUCUGUCAUUAGCAAUGGUUGAAUGUGUUACUGGUUUCUUGGGAUAGUGUCAUCAGAUGGAUCCCUUCGUAAUGACUACUUGAUGGGAACACUUUUAAGAAGUAGAGCAGGUAAAUCUUGUAGCAAAUGGCCUUUGUAACGUCAGAGGAUCUAAUUGUGUAUCUUAAGCGAAGGCUUGUGUGAUCCUCAGAGCUUAAAAUUCUCUGGCCAGAGUGUUCACCCAUUAAAGGACUGUAAAGAAAGCACCAUUUUUAGAACUCUCUCUCUCUGUUUUACAGCCCUGUUCUUUACAAUGGGUUUUGUACCGUGCGACUUAGAUGCUCCACACUGCCCCUUCUCGACUGCUGACGAAGGACAUUUCUGUUACUGUGAAUUUUUCUACCACGCGUUUUGAAAGGGCUGGGGUUUGGUUUUGUUUCUUUUGCAUAAUGUGGUGAUGUGCACAUGAGAGAUUUACAAAGCCAACUGCUCGAUUCCACUCUGCUUAACCUAAACCACUUGGCAGCAUUUGGUACUAGAUGAGCCUCCAAAGCGAGUUGUUAAUGUGAAUACUUGAGCGUGUUUCGUGUCCUUGGUACGUUUUUGCCACUUGCCUGUAGUUAGUUGCAUAUCAGAGACUCAGAUUGAAUCUUUUGCGUUCUUAUUCCCCCUUUUUUUUCUAAUUUUACUCCCAAUUUCUUAAUCUUUCUCUGAAGUAUUUUUUAGAGACGUUACUCCAGGUAUUUUAUUGCUAUGGUAGUUUCAAGAAUACAUUUAUAGCCUUGUUUAGGUUACAAUUCAAGCUGAUUCCGUGGUGCUAGAGGUUUUCCUGGUUCACGUUGUUCAAGGUGGGCCUUGUUUACACAUGAGGAAAGUAACUGGCACAGAUCAUUGCCAAUUACAUGUUCUGGUAGAAGUCUUUUUGUUUGCAGGGUAGUCCAACCCGUGGAUCUGCCAGGGGGACUAUGCUUUCUGUUCCUUGCCUUUGCCUCAGUGGAUCAGGCUGUUGAGUUUGCACAGCUAGUAGCCUGUUACUGAUGCAUCAGAUACGUCUGAGUGCUCAAAGCUGCUACAGCAGCCUUUUGGCUCAGAGGGGGAAAGGGAAGGGGGCGACUUGGUAUCUAGCACCCAAAAGACUGGACUUCUUGCUUCUCAGCUGUUCCAACAUGACACUUCAAACUGGACCUCCACUGACAUACCAGGAUAGUUUGUCCAUCCAGGGGAUCACCUAAAGUACCUACGACUUAAAAACCUAUUCUGCAGUAGCUGUGCUGAUUGAUUUUCUUCCCCUGAUGCUGUCCCAACAGAUAAGGCCAGAUGUGGUGCUAAGGGACGUGGCUUAGCACUAGACUUGGUAGUUAGAUAAUAGUUGGACUUUAAUGAUCUUAAAGGUCUUCUCCAACCAAAAUAAUUCUGCGAUUCUCUGAUUCUCUGAGGCUGAAUGCUGCAGAACAGCACAGCCACCCCUCGGUGUGACUACGGUGAGUGAUGAGAGGGACUGACGAGUAAACCAUGGCAAUCACAUCAACACCAAUCACUGAGUCAGAUUUGUUUUCUUUUAUUAACAGGAGGUGAUGUCACUUUAUAUAUAGUAUAUAUAUAUAUAUUAUAUCUAUUUUUGUGUUGUUGUUGGUUUCAGGUGUUCUGCACUUUUUAAUGUUUGUAAACUUUUACUAAUAUGAAUAGUGUGAUUGCUUCCUGAAUAUACUAAUCAUCAGUUACCAAAUCACCUUUGUGGCCACAGCUGUUUGUUUCUACCAUGAUGUAUCAUAGUACUUGUCACCUGAAAUUCUUUUGUGAGAUGUGUGGAGAAAAAAAAAACAAACCAAACCCAAACCAACAAAACCAACAACCCACAACACUUCGAAUCAGUAUUAUGAGCUCGUUUAUUAGUGUUAAAAGAAACAGACCAAGCCAGCAGUGUGCUUGUGGCUCAUUAGUGUAAUAUUAACUCUCACCUUUUCUGGUUUGGAAGCUGAAUGCCUUGCUGUCUUAUUAGCUGUCGAAUGCCCUGUCUUCUUGGUAACACAAGUAGUUCAUUUGCUUUGAAAACCUUCUUACCCUUCAACUAAUUAUUUAUCCCUUUGUGUCACUUGGUGUUCCUUUCAGAGUUAACACAUAAUGAUUAUUGAUUUCUUGUUAUUCUUUUUUAAUCAUUUCCCCCAUUUUGCUCUUGCAUCCAAGUUCUUCAAGCUGAAUUGGUUGCCCUUUUAUCAUGGUCUAGCUACUGUCAACCUAGCACAAACACCAGAAGGAAAUGAGAUUCCAGGGGGUUUUUUAUAGUGUUAUUUUAUUGACAGUCCAUGAGACAUCAUCAAUAUAAUGUUGCAGACAAGGGCAAUAGUGGAAUAAGUAAUAAUAAUAGUGCAUUAAAGAGUUGACUUCACUUAUUUUCCUUCAGUGUUCUUAUUUGGCUACACUUUCCUUCUUAACUCUUCUGUGUUGUGAAAUAAAAUGAAUUUCAUCCUUUCCUCUCUA